UAUAUUCCUUUAAUAUUAGUUUGAUUCACCCAAUGUCCAGUAUUGCUUUCUCUCAAUCCCCCUGCUAGAACAAAGUCAAGAAACACAGAACGCUCAUUGUAUUAGGGUUUGAAAAACGCCGCCAGGCAAUGGCUGAAGAAGAGAAGCUGCUUUUGAAGCAUCUUCAAGAGGAAGAGUUCGGGACACUGAAGAAGCUGGAGAGGAAUUCAGACUUCCUUCUUGAGCAGUGUGCUGGUCUGCAAAACCUCAUCACAGAGAUGGAACAUAAAUGCCAAGAACCUGCAGCCAUCUUGCUCAAGGAUGUGAAAAGGACCUUGACCAGGAGUGAAGGGCUGACCUUGAAAGAACCACAGCCGAUUUUGUUGGAAUUGCAAGACUCCUAUGACGUUCCUGGGUUGAUGGAGUCAUUGCAAAGAUACAAUGCAUCGGUGACCUUUGACCCGGAUACAGCUAAUCCUUACUUGCUCUUAUCCGAGGACCUCCUCAGCGUUCAAGUGGUGGAUCAAAGGCAAGACCCGCCCAAGAGCUCUUCUCGCUUUGAAACGUGCACUUGUUUAAUGGGCCGCGAGCAGUUCACUUUUGGAAAACAUUAUUGGGUGGUGUGUGUGGAAGGCAAGUCCAGCUGGACACUGGGAGUGUGCAAAGAAUCAGUGAGCCGCCAAGGUAUCUUCACCCCCUCACCGGCAACAGGGUUCUGGACAAUAUGGCUGAGGAAUGGGGAUGAGUAUGCAGCACUUACCUCUCCACUCACAGAACUAGCGGUCAGAGCAAAGCCAAAGCUGGUUGGUAUCUUCCUGGACUACGACGCAGGAGAGGUUUCUUUCUAUAAUAGCAAUACCGGUUCCCACAUCUUUACCUUCUUGGAUUCCUUCUCUGAGACCCUUCGGCCUUACUUCUAUCCUGGAAUCCGGGCUGGGGGUCUCAACGAUGCUCCCCUCAUUAUCCAGCCCGCCAAAGACCAGUCAGGACUUCCUCUUCUGGCCAUUGAGACCUUUUCACAUCUCUAGGGCUGGUUCCAGAUGAAGCAUUUUAAUCUGGAAUGGGACAACCAGGUGAUGCUAUUCCGUACUUAUGUCUGUGGAGAUUCCCAGCCAUCCAGGCCAUGGUUGUCCCAAAAGGUGCUUUUUCAAGAGGCAACUGGACUUUCUGGUUUUUCUUUGAAGGCGUUUCGCUUCUCAGACAAGAAGCUUCUUCAGCUCUGAUUCAGAGCUUCUUGGAUAAGAAAUGGAAUGUCUUCAAAGAAAAACCAAAAAGUCCAGUUGCCUCUUGAAAAAGCAUCUUUGGGACCUUUCCUUACUUAUGCUAUUCUUGUCUGGGUCUCUUUAACACAUUUUCACCCUCUGAGACAGAGGUCACUCCUGCAUCAGAAAAAAUGUUUCCAAAUGGACCUUUGGAUAUGGAAUAGACAUGGCUUAUUCCUGUAAUUUCAUGCAAUGUUGCCUUUCUACAGUUAUUCUGUCAUAAAGCCCUUUAUCUCUAAAUCAGUCCCCUCCUCUUUUUUUUUAUCCAAAAGGGAGUCUGAAAAACAAUUCUUGGUGAUUGAGGAGGUAAUAGAGUAAGUACUGACUACCAAGGAUGUAUGUUAGCGUUAGUCUUUAUUAUUAUUGUUGAUGUUGGAUUUUUAUGGAUAUUUAUUUUAGUUAAUAUUAUUUCCACAUCUUUUGUAAAUUGCUUGGAUACUUCUGUUGGAAGUGACACAAAAGUACCAGAAAUAAAUAAAUAAAUAAAUAAUAAAG